CAGCAAGUCGAGCGCAUGUAACUUUGUCCUUGUCAUUCGGUAGAACAAGUUGUUCGCCCAUGGUACCGUCAACGCCUACGUACUCAUACCCUUUAUGUGCAAACUUUAGCCUUCUUAUCCCCCUACCCUUCCCAACCUUCUACAGCAAGACACACCGCGAAUACCUCCCCGCUCCGUCUUCACACAAUGUCUGCCGCCGCAACCACCCACGUAUUCCCCAACCCCACGAUCUACCCUCCACCUUACUACAAUGGCCGAGCGCAAAACCUUCCAAAAAACGACCCAUCCGACUUUGACCCAUCAAAAAUCACCCGCUCAAGAAAGUCCUCAAAACCUCCCACCCGAACCGUCGUAAACUUCGCCUGCCCCUUCCGCAGCAUGCGCUGCCUCACCUGCAACCACUACACCGCCCGCGGCAAAGUCUUCCGCAACAGCCCCAAACAUAUCUCGCCUAAAAGCUACCUCGGUGUAAAGAAAGUUAUGCUGCACUGCAAGUGUCCUGGCUGCGCCGCGGCAAUCGUUAUCGAGACCGAUCCUAAGAAUAUGGAUUAUAGGAUUGUGAAUGGGGCGCAGAGGGAGUUUGAAGUUUGGAGGGAUGAGGAGCGCGCUGGGGAUAUUGAGGAGCAGCGUUUGGAGAGGCUUGAGAGGGAAGGGGGUAGAGAGGGUGAUGGUAAAGCGACGCUGGAGACGCUGGAACGGAAGACUGAGGAUGCGAGGGUUGGGAUUGCUGUUGCUGAUGCUAAUGCGUUGGAUGAGAUUAUAGCGGCGAAUGCACGGAGGGAGGGCAUAGACGCGAAGGGUAACGUGGUCACUCGUUCGUCGUCGAGAGAGGUUGAGGAUGCGGAAGAUGCGGAGAUCGCGCGCGCUGUUUUUAGGGGGACGAAGAGGCGUUCACCGGAUUUGGUAUCAGCUGGAGAGUCGACGGAUGUGAAGUUCUCGGUGUCUAGGCCGGCGAAGACGGUUAAGAAGGAUUUUGCGAGACCGUUGGGGAUUAGGAGGAAGAUGAAUGUUUAGUGUUUUGUGUAGUUGAUCAAUAAAAGAUGACCGUUCCAUAUACCUCCGCUACCCAUAUAUUUCCCUCUAAGUAUCGUGUAUCAAAAGGUGAGCGAUCGCACCUCAGGAAAUACCAAGAGGUACUUCUACAAGCUUGACGCUAACAAUUACCCGCAAAUACUAUAUGAGUCUGCAAACUGCCAAUCAUGGCCAGCAAGGCCGUACUUCGCUUUAGGCUUGAUGCGGUCUAAUACAUGUGCAAGCCGCACGACGCCUGCUCUUGAAAGCUGCCACCGCAUGCUCCGCUCGUUGGGAAUUUUGUACCACAGAUAAGACUUUAAUUGCCAUGUUCGUCCAAACCUGUAGUUGAGCGCAGGCGGAUCCAAGGGUAGAAUCUUGAGGAAAUGACGCCGGACAGAUUUUGAACUGAUCCUGUUCUUA